CUCCUGGGGAAAGAAGCUCACCUGUCCUCCCUCUCAUGGGGAAAGAAGCUCACCUGUCCUCCCUCUCAUGGCCGGCAGGGGACGACUGUCCCGACUGUGGCAUGAAGAGCAGCACCGGAAGUGCAGCGGACCGGAAGUGUCGUGGUGUCGUGCUCUGGGCUGGCGGCGGGACCGUUGUAUUGUUAGCACGAGCGUUCUUCAGCGAUCCGGCGGAGCUGCAGGUGAGAGUGUCACGGUUCCUCUGUGGUGUCCUCGUCUGUGUGUGCAGUCCAAUGGGAGACAGCGAUGACGAGUUCGACAGGAGGAGGCGGGACAAGUUCAGGAGAGAGAGGAGCGACAUGGAGCGGUCGAGAGAGAGGGAGGAGAGGAGGAGGGACGACUGGCCUGACAGGGACUGGGACCGCAGCAGAGAGAGGAGGCGGGACUACGACCGCGGCCGGAGAGAGAGAUUUUCUCCACCCAGACACAUGAGCCCUCAACACAAACGCAUGAGGAGAGACUGGGACGACCACCGGGGGGAGCCGUACCGCUACGACCUGCCGUAUGGAGGAGGCGUGGCUCCGUUUCCAGGGGCGGGGCCUCAGGGCUGGCACCCCGACCUCCCCCACCUUAACCCACAUCAUGGAGGUCACCCACUGCAGGGCAGGCUGGGCAUGGUGGAUCCAGAUCUCCCUCCCCCUGGCCCUCCCACCAUGAGGAGCUUUAAGGAGUUCCUGUUGAACAUGGAGGACAGCGUUGACGAGACGGAGUCAGUGAAGCGCUACAAUCAGUACAAACUGGACUUCAGGCGGCAGCAGCUGCAGGACUUCUUCCUCCAGCACAAAGACCAGGAGUGGUUCCGCUCAAAGUACCACCCCGAUGACAUCACGGCGAGGAAGGCGGAGUCUAUGGCCGCCCUUAAAACCCGGCUGGGCGUCUUUCUCUUCCUGCUGGACAACAACUGGCUGGACAAUGUGUCGCUGGACAUGGAGCACGCGCCCGCCAUCAUCAAAUUACUGGACGCAGCUGUGAUAAAGAUGGAGGGAGGUACAGACUUCGACCUGCAGGUCCUCGAGGUACCGACUGCUCCUGCAGCGCCCGGCGGGGAGGCGAGCGGGGGCGGCGGGGACAAGAGUCAGGGAGAUCCCGGCAGAGGAACCGCGAGCGGUCAGACCAGAUCAGAACCAACGGACGAGACAGCGAGCAGCGAGACGGGCCAGACGAAAGACUGUGACAAGGACUGUGAGGACGAAGCCCAGCAGAACGGAGACGAGAAGGACGAGGAGGAGGACGAGGAGGAGAAGAAAGACGAGGAGGAGGAGGAGGAGGAGGGGCAGGAGAAGACGACAACCAAGAAAGUGAGUGGCAGGAAGAGGAAACGCAGCGUGUCGGCUGACAGCGGCGAGGGCAGCGCCUCAGACUCUGACUCCUCCCACUCCGACGGAGAGAAGGAGGAAGAGGAGAAGGAGGAGGAGGACGGAGAGAAUGAGCGCCGUAAAGAGCAGGGAAGGAGCUUCCUGCAAAGCCCCGCCCCCUUCACCCUCACCACUUCCUUGUUUAUCAGAAGCAUCCCACCCGAGGGUGUCCAAGGAGGAGAUCACUGCUUUGUGUCGCAGGUACCCGGGCUUCCUGCGUGUGCGCUGUCGGACCCUCAACCUGAGAGGAGGUUCUUCAGGCGGUGCUGGGUGACGUUUGACCGCGGUGUGAACAUCAAGGAGACGUGCUGGAACCUGCAGAACAUCAGGCUCAGAGACUGUGAGCUGUCUCCGGUGGUCAACAGAGAUCUGUGUCGUCGUGUUCGUACCGUUAACGGUCUGACUCAUCACAGACCCGUGGUGAGGAAGACAUCGGCUGUCGGCCCGGUCGUCCACAGUCUGGACCAGAGGGGGGAGCUGUGGGCCGGACAGGUCCUGGACAGACUGCUGGUCUACCUGACCAUGUGUAAGGGCCUUAGCGGAGGUUCUGUACGCGUUCGACUUUGCCUGGUAGCGAGGGUUCCUCCGCAGUUACCCGACUGCUCUGCAAUCGCCCGUGCGGGGAUGCGUAUCUGGGCUUCGGGUGACAAUGAGUCUAAUCCCUGGCAGAUGGAACCGCGCGCGGUCAGACCAGAUCGAACCAACGACGAGCAGCGAAGCAGCGAGACGGGCCAAACAAAGAUCUGGACAAGGUCAGAGACGGAUCCGCUGAGGAGGAUCAACUGGGCAGAAGAGGAAACGAAAGCGUGUCGGCUGCAGCGGGCGGGCAACGCCUAUCAGGACCUUGACUCCUACCACUCCGACGGAGAGAAGGAGGAGGAGAGAAGGAGGAGGAGACGGGAGAAUGGACGUCCGCACCUGUACACCCGUUACACGCUGCCUGAUACACGCACACUACGACCCUACACCCUGUACCGCGCGCCGAACCUGUCGACCCAUGUCGACCUGUCAUGCACCUGUACAGUGCCUGUAACCGCGACGCUGUAUCACGCCACACCUGUUCUUCAGGCGGUUGCGGGUGACGUUUGGACCGCGGUCUGUGAACA